AUGGCUUCUACCGAUAAUGCCGAGAAGAAGAUCGAUGAGAGUACCAGGGCUUCAGAUUCAUCCAAUAUUGAGAAGGGUGAUGUCAUUCCACGAAAUGAAAACGCUGCGACGAGACACGAAGACCAAACAAUCGCUAUUCUCGAACUCGUAAAAGCCCAAGAUGUUCAUCAUCCUAUGCAUUGGUCCGCCUUCAAACGAUGGGGUAUCGUGCUUAUUUACUGUAUGUUGCAGACUUUUGUUGCACUUACCAGUACAACUUAUGUCUCCGCCGAGUUCUUGAUACAAGAGAAGUUUGGAGGGACGACUCAAGUUGUUACUCUGGGCCAGAGUAUGUUCAUUUUGGGAACAGCGGUCGGUCCUAUAUUCUUGGGUCCAUUAUCUGAUCUUGGUGGCCGUAAAUGGAUUUAUGUCAUUAGCAUUGCAUUCUAUGCAAUUUUGAACUUUGGAACCGCAUAUGCUCUUAAUCUUCCUAUGCUCAUCAUCUUCAUGUUCCUUGCGGGCACAGCUGGCUCUACUGCCCUUUCGAAUGUAGCUGGUACAAUUGCGGAUUUGUUUGGAGAUAUUGAUGGUGCUGGACAAGCAAUGGCACUUUUCGUCAUGUCUGCAAAUAUUGGUCCAUCUCUCGGUUCCCCCGUGGGGGAGUGGAUAGCGGAUAACUCGAACAUGGGUCUUAAAUGGAUCUUCUUAAUCAAUGUAAUUAUUGGUUUUGCAUUCGCUAUCAUCAUGUGUUUCAUUCCAGAAACAUUACCAAGAUUGGUUAUCGCCAAAGCAGCCGCAAAGAAUCAAACCGUUGAUGAUCAAGAAGCUGCUAUCUUGACAAGCAAACUCAACGUUCUUCAAGAAAUGAAGUUUAUCACGACCAUGACAUUCAGAAUUAUGUUCACGGAACCAGUGGUUUUAUUCCUUGGCUUGUACAAUGGUUUCGCUUACGGUAUCCUCUUCUUAUACCUUGAUGGAGUAUUUGAUGUUUUCGUCGUCAAUAACGGUCUCUCUUACAUCGGUGCGGAUCUCACGUACCUCAACUUCGUCGUCGGAGUAGUCGUCAUGUUCCUCUUCGUUCCGGUUCAAACUUGGUUCUACGCGAGAGAUCGUAAGAAGCAUGGUAUCAACCGACCAGAAGCUAGAUUCCUCACUUCUUUAGUUACCGUCUGGCUUUUCCCAGUCACACUCCUUUGGUUCGCUUUCACCUCUGAUGGAAGCGUAUCUUAUUGGUCACCAGUUGUCGCGGGUGGUGUUCUUGGUUUUGCAGAUCCAUUAUUAUGGCUCAGUAUGCUUAACUACAUUACUGACUCCUAUCCCAACGUCGCCGGUGCCGCGAUCGCAGCUUUCCUCAUUCCGUCCUUUGCUCUCGCAGCUGGUCUUGCUCAUCUCGGUGUCCUCAUGUUCGAUAAUAUGUCGACGAAAUGGGCUAUGGGUACUAUUGGAUUCAUUAGUAUUGGCCUGUGUGCGUUGAUUUACUUUAUCUAUUUCUUUGGUGCGAAAGUAAGAGCAAGAUCGAAGCUUGCGAGAAGAUUUUAG